AUGUCCAAGGCAACAGGAUCAUCCAUCGAGACACUACAUACCGGACUGAUAUCGGAAGAUUCAUCUGUUCAGAACCUGGAUGCCACGAAACAGCUCGGUAGCUGGAGGUUUACUGUGCGAGCGGGAGUCGCUGUCGCAAGUCUUGUCGCGCUGGCCAACUUGGGUUGUUUCAUAUGGGCACUGACCCUAGACCGUGAAGAUGGAUCUGCGACUGUCUUUGAAGGCUCUUGUGAUGAGGUCAAGAGAAUAACCUUCUGGGUCGAUCUGGCGAUCAACACCCUCUCUACCCUAUUGCUCGGGGCUAGUAACAACUGCACCCAGUUGCUUGUUGCCCCUACCAGGAAGGAUAUAGAUGAUGCUCACGCUGCUGGUCGGUAUCUCGACGUGAGUGUGUCUUCCAUGCGGAAUCUUCUGGCUGUGAGUCGUUGGCGCAAGUGGCUUUGUGCUUGCCUGUUUCUGAGCUCGAUCCCUUUGCAUCUUCUGACCAUUGAUAUUCGCGAGAAUAUCGAUCCGCAGACGUACACACUCGCACGAAUGUGGCAAGAUGUUGUUGGUACAGUCUCGACCGACUUCCUUGUUGGCACUGGUGACCACGAGAGGUCACUGAUGGAAAACGUCCUCUUGGCCAACACGCCUCAACUUGCCAUCUCAGUCAUCUAUGUCUCUUACAACAACUGUUUGACCAUGAUGAUGCUCGGACAAGAGUAUUCGGGCUACGCCAGGCACCGCAAGCCCUUGCGAGUGAGCAGACCAGAAGGGGAUCAGCGAAGCACGUACAGACUGCAACUGCCAUAUCGGUAUAGCGUACCGCUCAUGGCUUCGAUGGCUACACUGCACUGGCUGAUCGCACGAAGCAUCUUUCUCGUAGAGAUCAACGUCUUCGACUACAACGGAAAUGCAUUGGCAAAGAGAGUCUCUGGUUGUGGCUACUCGCCCAUGGCUAUUGUGCUGUCGCUUUUCAUCUCUGGUGUCAUCAUCCUAGCAUUGUUGGCGAGUGGUGCGAGAAAGCUGGAGCCUGGUAUACCAUUAGCUUCGAGCUGCAGUCUGGCUAUCGCUGCCGCUUGUCACACGAGUCCCGGGGAUGAAGACGCCAGAAUGUUGCCAUUAAAGUACGGGGUUAUGAUUGCAGAAGAGCCGGAUAGCGUGAGCGAAUAUGAGCAUGCGUGCUUCAGCAGCAAAGAAGUAACGCCAUUGGUUGACGGGCAUCUGUAUAGUUAA